UCUCCUCCGUAGGUCUGCAACAAACGGGAGAAGCGCCUGGCGGACCCCACCCUGGAGAAGUACGUGCUCACCGUGGUGCUGGACACCAUCAACGCCUUCUUCAGCUCCCCGUUUUCAGAGAACAGCACGUCACUACAGACACACCAGACAAUUGUGGUACAGUUGCUGCAAUCCACCACACGGCUGCUCGAGUGUCCUUGGCUGCAGCAGCAGCACAAGGGUUCUGUGGAGGCCUGUGUCCGCACCCUCGCCAUGGUGGCCAAGAGCCGGGCCAUCUUGUUGCCCAUGGAUCUGGACGCGCACAUGAGCGCUCUGCUCAGCAGUGGGGGCAGCUGUGCCGCCGCAGCCCAACGUAGUGCUGCCAACUAUAAGACGGCCACGAGGACCUUCCCUCGCGUCAUCCCCACCGCCAACCAGUGGGACUACAAGAACAUCAUUGAGAAGCUUCAGGACAUCAUCACGGCCCUGGAAGAGCGGCUGAAGCCUCUGGUGCAGGCUGAGCUCUCGGUGCUGGUGGACGUGCUGCACUGGCCCGAGCUGCUCUUUCUGGAGGGCAGUGAGGCCUACCAGCGCUGUGAGAGUGGUGGCUUCCUGUCCAAGCUCAUCCGUCACACGAAGGGCCUCAUGGAGUCCGAGGAGAAGCUGUGUGUGAAGGUGCUGAGGACCCUGCAGCAGAUGCUGCUGAAGAAGAACAAGUAUGGCGACCGGGGCAACCAGCUGCGCAAGAUGCUGUUGCAGAAUUACCUCCAGAACCGGAAGUCCAGCUCCCGGGGCGAGCUCCCUGACCCCUCAGGCUCUGGCCUGGACCAGGACUGGUCAGCCAUCGCAGCCACCCAGUGCCGGCUGGACAAGGAGGGGGCCACCAAGUUGGUCUGCGACCUCAUCACCAGCACCAAGAAUGAGAAGAUCUUCCAGGAGAGCAUCGGCCUGGCCAUCCGCCUGCUGGACGGAGGCAACACCGAGAUCCAGAAAUCUUUCUACAACCUGAUGACUGGUGACAAGAAGUCAGAGCGCUUCUUCAGGGUGCUGCAUGACCGCAUGAAGCGAGCCCAGCAGGAGACCAAGUCCACGGUUGCUGUCAACAUGAGCGACCUGGGCAGUCAGCCGCGGGAGGACCGUGAGCCAGUAGACCCCACCACCAAAGGCCGCGUGGCCUCCUUCUCCAUGCCCAGCUCCUCCCGCUAUUCACUGGGCCCCAGCUUGCACCGGGGCCGUGAGGCGAGUGAUCGCGUGCAGAGCAGUGAGAUGGGCGCCUCGGUGCUGGUCAUGAGGCCCAUCCUGCGCUUCCUGCAGCUGCUGUGUGAGAACCACAACCGUGACCUGCAGAACUUCCUGCGCUGUCAGAACAACAAGACCAACUACAAUCUGGUGUGUGAGACUCUGCAGUUCCUGGACAUCAUGUGUGGCAGUACCACAGGGGGGCUGGGGCUGCUGGGGCUCUACAUCAACGAGGACAAUGUGAGCCUGGUCAUCCAGACCCUGGAGACCCUCACAGAGUACUGCCAGGGCCCGUGCCAUGAGAACCAGACCUGCAUUGUGACUCACGAGUCCAAUGGCAUUGACAUCAUCACGGCACUGAUUCUCAAUGACAUCAGCCCGCUCUGCAAGUACCGCAUGGAUCUGGUCCUGCAGCUCAAGGACAAUGCCUCCAAGCUGCUGCUGGCUCUGAUGGAAAGUCGGCAUGACAGUGAGAAUGCAGAACGCAUCCUCAUCAGCCUGCGGCCUCAGGAGCUGGUGGACGUGAUCAAGAAGGCCUACCUGCAGGAGGAGGAGCGGGAGAACUCCGAGGUGAGCCCACGCGAAGUGGGCCACAACAUCUACAUCCUAGCCCUUCAGCUUUCCAGGCACAACAAACAGCUGCAGCACCUGCUGAAGCCUGUGAAACGCAUCCAGGAGGAGGAAGCGGAGGGCAUCUCUUCCAUGCUCAGCCUCAACAACAAGCAGCUGUCCCAAAUGCUCAAGUCCUCCGCGCCUGCCCAGGAGGAGGAGGAAGACCCUCUGGCCUACUACGAGAACCACACCUCACAGAUUGAGAUUGUGCGGCAAGACCGAAGCAUGGAGCAGAUUGUGUUCCCAGUGCCUGGCAUCUGCCAGUUCCUGACAGAGGAGACCAAGCACCGGCUCUUCACCACCACAGAGCAGGAUGAGCAGGGCAGCAAAGUGAGCGACUUCUUCGACCAGUCCUCCUUCUUGCACAAUGAGAUGGAAUGGCAGCGCCGGCUUCGCAGUAUGCCACUCAUUUACUGGUUCUCCCGCCGCAUGACGCUGUGGGGCAGCAUCUCCUUCAACCUGGCUGUGUUCAUCAACAUCAUCAUUGCUUUCUUCUACCCCUAUGUAGAGGGUGCGUCCACAGGCGUGCUGGGCUCCCCACUCAUCUCGCUGCUCUUCUGGAUCCUCAUCUGCUUCUCCAUCGCGGCCCUGUUCACCAAGCGCUACAGUGUCCGCCCCCUCAUCGUGGCGCUCAUUCUACGCUCCAUCUACUACUUGGGCAUUGGGCCCACACUCAAUAUCCUGGGCGCCCUCAAUCUUACCAACAAGAUCGUGUUUGUGGUGAGCUUCGUGGGCAACCGUGGUACCUUCAUCCGUGGCUAUAAGGCCAUGGUCAUGGACAUGGAGUUCUUGUACCAUGUGGGCUACAUCCUGACGAGUGUCCUGGGCCUCUUUGCUCACGAGCUAUUCUACAGCAUCCUGCUCUUUGACCUCAUCUACCGUGAGGAGACGCUGUUUAAUGUCAUCAAGAGUGUGACUCGCAAUGGCCGUUCCAUCCUGCUGACUGCCCUCCUGGCCCUCAUACUAGUUUACCUCUUCUCCAUCGUGGGGUUCCUCUUCCUCAAGGAUGACUUCAUCCUGGAGGUGGACCGGCUGCCUGAGAACCACUCUAGAGCCAGCACCCUGGGCAUGCCACACGGAACUGCCACGUUUGUGGGCACAUGUAGCGGGGACAAGAUAGACUGUGCCUCGGAGGUCUCUGUGCCCGAGAUCCUAGAAGUAGACGAGGAGCCGGACAGCACUGAGCGGGCCUGUGACACUCUACUCAUGUGCAUCGUCACCGUCAUGAACCACGGACUGCGCAACGGAGGUGGUGUGGGUGACAUCCUCCGCAAGCCCUCCAAAGAUGAGUCUCUGUUCCCUGCCCGGGUGGUGUAUGACCUCCUGUUCUUCUUCGUUGUCAUCAUCAUCGUGCUGAAUCUCAUCUUUGGGGUGAUCAUCGACACCUUCGCUGACCUGCGCAGCGAGAAGCAGAAGAAAGAGGAGAUCCUCAAGACCACAUGCUUCAUAUGUGGCCUGGAGAGGGACAAGUUUGACAACAAGACGGUGUCCUUCGAGGAGCACAUCAAGCUGGAGCACAACAUGUGGAACUACCUGUACUUCAUCGUGCUGGUCCGUGUCAAGAACAAGACCGACUACACGGGCCCUGAGAGCUACGUGGCGCAGAUGAUCAAGAACAAGAACCUGGAUUGGUUCCCACGGAUGCGUGCCAUGUCCCUGGUGAGCAGCGAGGGGGAGGGGGAGCAGAAUGAGAUCCGAAUCCUGCAGGAGAAACUUGGCUCCACCAUGAAGCUGGUGUCGCACCUCACCGCCCAGCUCAAUGAGCUCAAGGAGCAGAUGACAGAGCAGCGGAAACGGAGGCAACGCCUGGGCUUUGUAGAUGUGCAGAACUGUAUCAGCCGCUGAGAGGAGCCGUGGAAGCCCCCACAGGAGAGCUGCUGCCCUUCCUUCAGGCCAGGUGGCCCAUCAGCCUCCGAGGCCAGGUGCCUGCCCCACCUCCUGCUCUGCUGGCACUCCCUCAGGCCAGGCUCUGGCCAGCAGGGGUACGGCAGAGCAGACAGUCCUGCUUAGAGCCCUUGAAGACUCAGUUUACCUUAGUGCCUUAGAGGACACUAGGUCCUCCAGACUGCUGUGCCUCAAAGCAGUAACUGACAGUCCUCAGUGGUCCUCGCAGGGUUAGAAGCGGGCUGUCUCUCAUCUCCAAGCACUACACUGUGGCUGUCCCCUGCCUUCCUCCUGCCACAGGAAGGCGGCAGCCUGCUAUUAGCUACUUAAGGCUUUGAAACUUAACUUAUUCCCAGCGGUCAUCCCACCCCGUUGUGCCUGCUGGAGACAGUGUGCUCUGUCCACGUAGCCUGAUGAUUCAGGAUGGAUGGGUUUGUAGGCAAGAGCCACAAGCCCGAGGGACAAGGACUGAGCUGUGUGAAAGUGGUGUUUGUCAUGUUUUACAAGUCUUAUGUCCUGAGAACUAAUGUGUUAACUGCCUUAAAUAAAUUAAUAGACACCAGGUCCACCAA